CCCAGAAAACAGGAGCAAAGAAAAUUCCCACAAUGGCUGAAUGGGACUUGAAGCUUGCAGUGACGGAACACACACAGCAUGGUGUGAUGCAACCAGGGAGACUAUUUUAUUUUUCCAACAAAAAACAGAGAUUUUCCUGUAAAACCUGACCUGAGAAUGCUGAAGAGAGCCCCUAUGUUUAUCCUGAGAAGAGGAAUUGCAACAUACCACAGCAGAUUUUUCAAAAAUGACAGUGUCUUCAGAGUUCAUCCAUCUGUAUCACAGGCUCUGGCAGAGAACAGACCAGUGGUUGCACUUGAAAGCACAAUCAUCACUCAUGGCAUGCCCUAUCCACACAACCUAAGCACAGCCAGGGAAGUGGAGGCCAUUGUGCAGGAUGAAGGAGCCACUCCGGCCACUGUGGGAGUUAUUGAAGGCAAAGUUCAUGUUGGUCUGUCAUCAGAGGAGCUUGACCACCUUGCCCGCUGCAGCACAUCCAUGAAAGUGUCCCGAAGAGAUUUGCCUUAUGUUGUUAGCCAAGGGCUUUCAGGGGGAACGACUGUGUCAGCCACUAUGAUAGCAGUACAUCGAGUUGGCAUCCCUGUGUUUGUCACCGGGGGGAUUGGAGGAGUCCACAGAGAUGGAGAGAACAGUCUGGAUGUCAGUGCAGACCUGACAGAGCUGGGCAGGACUCCCAUUGCUGUGGUCUCUGCUGGUGUGAAAUCUAUCUUGGACAUUGGUCGCACCCUAGAAUUCCUUGAGACGCAAGGAGUCUGUGUUGCCACUUAUGGAGCCUCAAAGAAUUUUCCAGCUUUCUUUUCUCCACAAAGUGGAUUCACUUCCCCAUAUAAUGUAUGCAACCCUGAGGAGGCAGCAAAACUUAUUGCAAGUACUUUGCCACUGGGUCUCCAAAGUGGUGUCCUGAUAGCUGUACCCAUCCCAGAGGAGCAUGCAGCAGUGGGCCUGCAGAUAGAGGAGGCCAUACAGACUGCAGUGGCAGAAGCAAGUGAUAAAGGUAUCACAGGAAGAGAUGUGACGCCAUUCAUUCUUCAAAAGGUCAAUGAUCUGACUAAAGGAAAGUCCCUUCAGGCCAACAUAGCACUCAUUCAUAACAAUGCUAAAGUUGGCAGCCAGAUAGCCUGCGCUCUGUCAAAACUGAGGAAUAAGAAGGAGUCAAGAGACACAGCUCAGUGUGUGCAAAAACUCAGACCAGAUUCAAAAUCAGACAUUGUCGUUGUGGGAGGAAUAAAUGUGGAUUUUAUAGCUAAAGGAAAAACUAAAACUCUUCAUUUUGGACAGACCAAUCCAGGAAGUGUUUGUCAAUCUUUUGGGGGUGUGGGGCGGAACAUUGCUGACUGUCUGAGUCGACUAGGCCACAAACCCCUCUUCAUCUCAGCUGUUGGGACUGAUUCACACAGUGAUGCUGUGAUAAACUACUGUAAACAUAUGAACACAAGUGGUGUGGCAAGGCUGAAGGACCAGAACACUGCCACAUACUGUGCUGUUAUUACUCAAAGCGGAGAACUGAGUCUAGGGUUGGGUGACAUGGAUAUUCACCAACAAAUCACAGAGCACUAUGUGUCACAAUUUGAGAAGCAGCUCUCCUCAGCUGCUCUUGUGUGUCUCGAUGGAAACAUCCCAGUCUCAACCAUCAACUAUGUUUGUUCUGUUGCCAAAAACCACAAUGUCAAUGUCUGGUAUGAGCCAACAGAUGCAGAUAAGGCUUGUAAACCUUUCCUGUCAGAGGCAUGGAAGUGUCUUUCCUACUUAUCCCCAAACCUGUCAGAGUUGUGCACCAUGAACCAAACCCUUGGCCUCCCAUCACCCAAAGCGCUUCCGAGCUCUGUUGAUGAGGUGCUCAGUAUUGCAGUAGCUCUCUCCUGCCCCCUUCUGGAGCAUCUGCACUGUCUAGUGGUGACCCUGGGAGCUAAUGGUGUUCUCGUGUGUGGAGAACAUGAUGCAGGCUCGGUCAACCUGAAGCCAAGAAAACAGAAAAGGAAAGGACGUCUUUGUGCGCUCCAUUACCCUGCCCUGACUGUGACUGCAGAAGAGACUAUGAAUGUCUCAGGAGCAGGAGAUAGUCUGGCAGGUGCACUGAUAACGGGGAUCCUCCAGGGCCGAGACACAGACAGCUGUGUCCAGAUGGGACUCCUGGCUGCACGUCUGUCCCUCGCCUCGCCACACCCCAUCGACCCCACACUCACUUUAGACUCUGUGGAUCCUGACAAAGACCACACUCACUGCUGGCCCAAGCCUCAAUUCAUGUGGAUCGAUUAAAAAUGUUUUUAUGAUGUGAAAUAUGCUGAUGAAAUAUGUCACAGUAGAUGAUUAAAUAAACAUAUUACACACU